AAGGCAGUGACUUAGACUGGACCUGAUUCCUUAUCCAGCAGUGCACGCUUGAGAAGAAGAUGUUUUACCAGAACCACAGUCCAGAGGUUGUAAGGAGAGGAAAUGGGAUUGAAUUCAAGAAGAAUGGGUUCUCUAGAGAGAGUAAAGAGGAGACGUCACUCAUGGUCACCCUGCUUGGCUAUAAAGUUAUGGAACAGGAGACAAAAUACACAGUCUAUAAGAUCCUGGUAAAGCGAGCGCCGGACCACAGCUUUGUCAUUUUUAGACGAUACACAGACUUCUCACAACUACAUGACAAGUUAAGGGAGAUGUUUCCCUUAUUUACUUUUUCCUUGCCACCCAAGCGCUGGUUUAAGAACUUUAGUGCUGAAUUCCUGGAGGAGAGAAAAGUAGCCCUUGAAGACUUUCUGCAGAGUCUGGUUGCCAAUAAAGAUGUGAUUAAUAGCGAAGCAGUCAGAUGGUUCUUAUGCUUAGAUGAACCACCUGCAGCCAUUGACGGUCUGGAUGCCUGCUGCGACACCAAUUAUUGCCUUCAAAGACCAUCGGUGGAGAAGAAGUGUGAAAUUGAGACCCUGAGAAACUUCCUGGUGCACAAGGAGCUUCAAAUUAGCAGGCCUGAGAGAGCAAUGAUAGGGACUCGCACAGCUGCAAAUGGAGAGUUUUUAAGAAAGCAAGACUGUAGAGAAGGGGAACAUGAUGACCACAGGAAACCAAAUAAAAGUUCUGAAUUGCCAUUCAUGAGUCACGGAGCAUGCUGGUAUGGAUCAGCCACUGAGGAUGUUUUUACUAACAUCAAGAAGAACAUGGAUCUAGAAGACAAUUCCAAGAAUUCCAUGAGUGAAUAAAAACAGAAAAGAUAAAAAAUGCCACAUGUAUUAUGACAGGGUUGCUAUUAUCCUCAGGUUUGUUCUUGGCAUAAUAUGUCGUUACAAGAUUAACUAAAACAAAAACAUAUUUGGAGCUAAUGAAAACUAAUGACUAAUGAAAACAAUCCUGUAAAAUAUUUAUUAUUGCAUUUGUGAAUUAAAACCUGCGUUUGCAUUUUAUCCCUUUUGUGCAUUAUAAUAUAGGUGUUCUUAGAUGUAUUUUAACAUUUCUGCACCCAAACAAGCAUUUUAAAAUGUUUCUGAGGCUCCUGUGGUUUUGUUUGCAGUAAUAUCACAGUCUCACUCAUACAUUCUUGUA